UAAGUUAAGAGGUCGAAAUGGGGAGGACACAAGCUUCAAGCAAGGUCUGCGUUACUGGGGGUGCUGGAUACUUAGGUUCAUGGCUCGUUAAGAAGCUCUUGGCCAAAGGUUACACCGUCCAUGCAACGCUACGUAACUUGGACGACAAGUCAAAAGUUGGGAUUUUAAAGUCCCUCCCCGGUGCUGACACAAAACUAGUUUUAUUUCAAGCUGAUUUAUACAGUCCCCACGAGUUUAAACACGCCAUUCAAGGGUGUGAGUUUGUCUUUCACGUCGCUACUCCACAGCAAACUCCUGGCAGUUCUCAUACUUCUCAGGAAGUAGUUGAUGCAGCAAUUUCAGGAGUGAGGAGCAUUGUCGAGUCCUGCAUCGAAUCACAAAGCGUUAAACGGCUUAUUUACACUGCUUCGGUGCUGGCAUCUUCUCCUCUAUCAAAAGAUGGAUUCAACUUGAAAUCUUGCGUAAAUGAAUCGAAUUGGACACCAAUCGAUAUCUCGUUCAACCGCGGCUUUGAAUAUAUGCGUGCAUAUAUUAUAUCGAAAACCUUAGCGGAGAAAGAGGCACUGAGAUACAACGAAGAUCUUGGAGAUGGGAAGGUAUUAGAAGUUGUAACACUCGCGUGUGGCCUUGUGGGGGGAGAGACUCUACUUUCGUAUGUGCCAUUAAGUGUGGAAGUGAUGUUUUCGCAGCUCAUCGGCAAACCCCAAACUUUCGAGGGACUAGAAUUCAUGGAAGAAGUUAUGGGAUCGGUCCCUAUUCUGCAUGUCGAAGACGCUACCGAUGCACAUAUCUUCUGCAUGGAGAAACCCUACAUGAGUGGCAGAUUCGUUUGUGCAGCGGCUAACCCAACCAUCCGAGAAUUGACAACUUAUUUUCGACAAUAUUAUUCGCAAUACCAGAUAUCACAAGAGUUCAUGGGAGAAGACAAGAAAGGCGUUGCAUGUGACACCAGCAAAUUGGUGGAGAUGGGGUUUGAGUACAAAUACGACUUGAAUAAAAUAUUAGAUGAUAGUGUAACAUGUGGGAGGCGACUGGGAUCCAUCUUUCUUAAUUAGUGGUGGAUUUAGGGUCAAGCUUUUGCCUAAGAACUAUUACAUAAUUUCAUGCGCAUUAAGGUU